UUUCAUCGAAGAGCUGUCGAAAUGACCUCGUUUUGAAGGCAGCGGAUACAAAAAAAAUAGAGGAGAGAAGCUGAACCCCAAUCGUAGAGGCUCUCUGCUGAACAAUGCUGAUGUGACUUAACGUGGCAGUUAAGCCUUAAAAUGCACGACAUGGAAAGACGAAUUCAUGGUGGGCGAAGAGCGAAGCAGGACAGCUUACAAGAGACGCUAAUUUGGGAUGAAGAGCUAGGGGCUCGGCGGGACCGGUGAAGGAGAAGAAGAACUUCUGAGGUUAUUGUGUCUUGUUUGAUAUAUUUGUGAAAUAAAUCUUGUUCCUCCUUUGAUGCAGGAGGAUUAGAAUUUAGGGUAGGGUUGGGAGCGCUGUCGAACUUCAUAAAUGAAUUGAGAGGGAGAUGACAAACAAGAAAGGAUCUAGAAGUUCUCAUAUCUUGAAUAGUCAUUUUUCAUGUUAACUUCACAUCACACAUCAAUACAAGAUACUGCAACGUGAACUUGUGCCCAGUCCCUGUUGUAUCACUCUUAUGAUUUCUCUUAUAGAUCAAUGCCUGCCAUCUAGGAUUUCUCAGCUUGCCUACAGACUCACAUCACCGCUUGCUUUGAUUGGAACAUCAUACACUACUUUUCACGAAUAUGAAGAAAACUCCACACAUUGCGACCCUUUUAAACUCUUCAAUGAUCACAGAAUGUCGAGACAGCCCAGCAUUAGAAAGACAAAAAUCUUACACGCCCGUCUGCUUAAAAUUGAUGCAUUGCAAUCCAAUGUAUUUUUCAUCAACUCUUUGCUCGGCGGGUACUGUAAAUCUUCUGCCAUGCUUGUUGCCCGCAAGCUGUUUGAUUCAAUUACUCUUCCAAAUAUUCAUUCAUGGAAUAUCAUGAUAUCUGGUUACAAUGGCAAUUCAAUGUUUGAGAAAUCAUGGGAGAUAUUUUGUCAGGUGCAUUCAUUUGGUAAGGAGCUAAAUGAGUUUACUUAUGGGAGUGUUCUCUCAGCCUGUGCUGCCUUGCAAGCUCCAGCAUUAGGUAAGCAAGUUUAUUCACUCGCAAUGAAAAAAGGGUUUGUUUCUGAUGGUUAUGUUCGUACUGGGAUGAUAGAUAUGUUUUCCAAAACUUGCAGCUUUGAAAAGGCUCAAAGGAUAUUUUUUGAUGUUUCAUGUGAUAACGUGGUUUGUUGGAAUGCUGUAAUUUCUGGGGCAGUUAGAAAUGAAGAGUACUGGGUUGCCUUGAAUCUUUUUAUUCAAAUGUGUCGUCAAUCACUAAAGCCAAAUGGCUAUACGUUUCCAAGUGUUUUAACAGCAUGCUGUUCACUUAAAGAACUGCAGAUUGGGAAAAUCAUUCAUGGGCGGGUAAUAAAAUGUGUUGCUACAGAUAUUUUUGUGGAUACCGCCAUUGUAGAUUUAUAUGCCAAAUGCGGACGUAUGGAUGAAGCUGUUAGGAAAUUUUUGCAGAUGCCAAUGCAUAAUGUGGUCUCCUGGACUGCUAUAAUUUCUGGAUUUGUGCAAGAGAAUGAUUCGAUUUCUGCACUGAAGUUUUUCAAAUGUAUGAGAGAAACAGGGGAGGAGAUAAAUACCUUCACUGUUACUAGUGUUCUUGCUGCAUGUUCCAAGCCAGGGAUGAUCGAAGUGGCAAGCCAGAUUCAUUCCUUAAUAUUAAAAUUACCUUUAAUGUUGGAGGCAACUGUCCAAGCUACCUUGAUCAAUACGUAUGCUAAAAUAGGAGAAUUUGGGCUUUCUGAUUUAGCCUUCAGUGAGAUAAAAUAUGUGAAAGAUGUGCGCAUAUGGGCAGCAAUGAUGUCUUCUUGUGCUUACAAUCGAAAUUCUAGAAAGGCAGUUGAAUUAUUUCUGUUUAUGUUACAAGAAGGUGUUAGACCAGAUGAGUAUUGUAUGUCUGUAGUGUUAAGUAUUAUAAGCUGCUUAUAUAUUGUGAAACAGAUGCAUAGUUACACUUUGAAGUCUGGACUGGUCACUAAUGCUACGGUAGGUUGUUCACUUUUCACCAUGUACUCUAAGUGUGGUUGUUUAGAGGAAUCUCAUAGAGUUUUUGAGGAAGUUCUUAACAAAGACAAUGUCUCAUGGGCCUCAAUGAUUGCCGGUUUUGUUGAACAUGGCUAUGCAGAUCAUGCCUUUCAGCUAUUUAAAGACAUGCUGUCUCAAGAGGUUUUACCUGAUUACUUGACCUUAACUGCAAUUGUAACUGCAUGUUCUGCUCUUAGUUUUCUACAAACAGGUAAAGAAAUACAUGGUUAUGCUUUUCGUUUGGGAAUGGGAACGGACACAAUUAUUGGUGGUGCACUUGUGUCCAUGUACUCAAAAUGUGGAAGGUUGGAGCUAGCAAGGAGGGUGUUUAAUAUGCUACCUCAAAAGGAUGCUGUUUCUUGUUCUUCCUUAGUCUCAGGAUAUGCCCAAUAUGGCUUAAUUGAAGAGGCACUUCUGUUAUUCCGUGAUAUGAUCUUCACCGAUUUACCCAUUGACACCUUCACAAUUUCAUCUGUCCUCAGGGCCAUUGCACUAUCAAAUAGAUCAACAGUUGGGACGCAGCUGCAUGCCCACAUUGAAAAAUUGGGCUUACAAUCGAAUGCGUAUGUUGGUAGUUCACUUGUGACCAUGUACUCAAAAUGUGGAAGUUUGGUGGAUUGCUGCAAAGCAUUUGACCAUAUUGAGAAGCCCGAUUUGAUAGGUUGGACAGCGAUUAUGGUGAGCUAUGCUCAACAUGGUAAAAGUUCUGAAGCCUUAGCUACCUUUGAACUUAUGAGAAAAGAAGGCAUUCAGCCUGAUGCAGUAACUUUUGUGGCAGUGUUAUUGGCUUGUAGUCAUAGUGGGCUGGUUGAAGAAGCCUUCUUGUAUCUUAAGUCGAUGGUCAAAGACUAUGGCAUUAAGCCUGGUCGUCGUCAUUAUGCUUGUAUUGUUGAUCUUCUUGGUCGAUCAGGUAGGCUAAAGGAGGCAGAAAACUUAAUUAACAUUAUGCCUGUAAAGCCUGAUGCUUUAAUUUGGGGAACACUCCUUGCAGCUUGUAAGGUCCAUGGUAAUUAUGAGCUUGGGAAGUUAGCGGCCCAAAAAGUAAUGGAAUUGGAGCAAUGUGAUGCCGGGGCUUAUGUCUCAUUCUCAAACAUUUGUGCGGAUUUAGGACAGUGGGAUGAGGUCCUUAGGAUUCGGGAGUUGAUGAAAGGAUCUGGGACGAAUAAAGAGCCUGGUUGGAGCUUUGUGUGAGGAACAACUAUGUCAUGAUGAUUGACCUGUUUUAUUUAAUGGUUUUGACGGCUUGUAUCAGCGUACUAUUCGGCUUGUAUGAUGCACUGGAUUAUUAGAGUAGGAAAUGGGAAUGGGGAAAAAUAAAAAGAAUUAUGGUAGACUUCAUUUCCGAUUUCCUUGGGAAUGAGGAUUACAUCCUCAUAUGAUAUAUAAUCUCAUUUCUGGGAAUGAAAUCUAUUUUGCCA